UGUAAUUCUCCCACCUGUUGUUUUUCCUCAUUGCUCACUCAAGCUCUCCUAUACACACAUCCUGCUUGCACACGGAAGCUGGUGGGAACAUGGCUGGUGAUUUAAUUUUCCUUGCGGCUGUCUCUCUUCUUUCCGCCCUCCAGCAAUGUCAUUUUGCUUGGCUGGUGGGGAAAUCAAGAAUGAAGCACAAGGUCAUCCCCCCGGCUGUCACUGGAGCUCCAGAAUUUGACAGAACAUUUCGUGCACAACAAAACUGUGUGGAGUUUUACCCAAUAUUCCUGACUGCCCUCUGGACUGCAGGGUGGUUUUUUAAUCAAGAAUUAGCUUCCUUUCUGGGUGUGCUGUACAUGUUUGCCCGCUACAAGUACUUCUGUGGUUACAUACUGUCUGUGAAAGGAAGGUUAACAGGGUUUUAUUUCAGUUUGAUAAUUCUAACUUGCUUGGUAACCCUGGGUGCAGCAGGGAUUGGUAACAGCUUUCUGGAUGAAUACAUGGACUUCAGCAUUAUGAAGAAACUCCGUAAAUGGUUCUGAAUAUUUUUGUUUUAAUAAAUAAGUAACAUGGAUGCUUUCCCUGAACAGCAAAAAAUGAUAAGCUGCAUGUGAAUAAAGCUUCAA